AUGACACAAGAAAACGAAAAUGUUACUGAAAGCUAUCCAAACAUCAAUUCGGCCAGUGAAGCUCCAGCCGAGUCUAGAUAUAGAAUCACUAUGGAGUUUCCAUUAUUUUUUACUAUGUUAUCAGUUUCUUUGUCUGGUGCAGCUAUAAGUAAUAUAAUCCUAUACCGAACUUGUGUUCACUCUUUAAAUCACACUUCAGAAGAAUGUCAAAUGUUCUUAUCACCAACAAAAAAUAAUGAAAGCCAGGAACUAGAGCAAGAAGUGCAAAAAUAUGCAGCAUUUGUGUCUAUGGUUAGAACAAUUAUAGAUUCAGUUGCACCUGCUAUUUUGUCCUUAUUCCUUGGGGUAUGGUCUGAUACUCAUGGAAGAAAGCCUUUAGUUGUGUGGCCUUUGUUAGGAAUGUCAAUAAGUGGAAGUUUAACUGUAGUCUACACUGUGAUGAGCGAUUUGGGUCCUUGGUGGUAUAUAAUAACUAGCAUACCAAUGUCUUUGCUUGGCGGUUUUACUGCCCUGUUUACUGGUUCUUUCUGUUACGUAAGCGACAUUACAACUACCGAAAAGAGAUCUCUUAGGAUGACCAUAGUCGAAGCGUCGGUGUCAGCGGGUAGUGUUACAGGAGCAAUAUUAAGUUCGUUUGUACUGAGAGCUGUAGGGCACGUAUAUUUAUUGGUCAUAUCGACUCUUCUUUUUGUGAUCGCCUACUUAUUCACAAAAAUAUGCAUUAAGGAAUCAUUGCCUCAAGCUGUACCGGGUGGAAUAACUUCGGUACUAGAUUUUAAACUUAUAAAAGCCAUGAUAGUAGAAUGUUUUAAAAGAAGACCAAAUUAUGGCAGAGCACAAAUUCUGUUACUAACUGUAGCUAACAGUUUAUCUAUAUUCAUUAUGUUUGGCCUCAUGAGUUUAGAGUAUCUGUACACGCGGCAAAAGUUACAUUGGGCAAUAAAACAGUACACCAUGUAUUCGGCAACGCAUACCACGAUAUCUUUCUUUGGUUCAUUCUUCGGGGUGAUGUUAGUUCAAAGGCUGUUCAAAGUGAGCGAUUUGGCGUUUGCGAUGACUGCAUUUUUAUCCGCAAGUGGCGAAUAUUUGGUUAAAACAUUUGCUACUGCAUCUUGGCAUAUGUAUACAGCCGCCAGUGUAUCCUUGUUUCGAGGGUUAUCAUCGCCGUUGAUUCGUUCGCAACUAACUAAAAUCUUGCCUCCAGCGGAUAUAGCGAAGGUUUUCGCUCUAAUGUGUGCGAUAGAAGGCGUCAGCCCUCUGAUAUCACCAGCAAUGUAUAAUUCAUUAUAUGCAUACACGAUAUCGUCGUUUCCAGGAGCCAUAUAUGUUCUGAGCAGUUGUAUUGCCUGUGUUUGUGCCAUGUUUUUAGGGAUCGUGCAAUUUUUCAGAUGGAGAACAUCAUCAUUCGCUUUUGAAACUUUCACAAAUGAGUCA